CACACACGCGCGCGCUCUUGGCGCGAAAUCCCCAUUCUGCCCCGUGCAGUCCCGUUCCUGCCAUUUCGCCGUUCGCCACCGCUAUGAUCGGGCAGAAGACACUGCACAGCUUCUUCAACGCCGCUCCGGCCAAGAAGCGCGCCCGCUCUCCGGAGCCCGGCGGCGAUGUUGAGCUCAGCGCCGCCAAGAAAGCCAAAGCAGGGGGAGAUGAGGCGGGAAAGGCCUCGCCGCUGAGCCCUGAGCAGCUGGAACGGAUCCGCAAGAACAAGGAGUUGGCAUUGCAACGGCUGAGCGAGCGGAACGUCCCUCCGGGCUUCGGGGAGAGCUGGCGGAAGCAGCUGGCGGGGGAGUUCUCCAAGCCUUACUUCAUGCAGCUGAUGGAGUUUGUGGCAGAAGAGAGGAAGCGCUACACAGUCUAUCCACCCCCAGACCAAGUCUUCACCUGGACACAGAUGUGCGACAUCAGGGAUGUAAAGGUUGUCAUUUUGGGACAAGAUCCAUAUCAUGGUCCUAAUCAAGCUCACGGGCUCUGUUUCAGUGUCCAGAAGCCGGUUCCUCCUCCCCCCAGUUUAGAAAAUAUUUACAGAGAGCUGUCUACAGAUAUUGAGGGCUUCACUCAUCCUGGUCAUGGUGAUCUGACUGGCUGGGCCAAGCAAGGAGUGCUCCUGCUCAACGCCGUCCUCACGGUGCGCGCUCACCAUGCCACCUCCCACAAGGAGAGAGGCUGGGAGCAGUUCACGGACGUGGUGGUGUCCUGGCUUAACAAGAACCUGCACGGGGUUGUCUUCAUGCUUUGGGGAGCCUACGCGCAGAAGAAGGGCAGCUCCAUUGACAGGAAACGCCACCACGUCCUGCAGACGGUUCAUCCCUCGCCUCUCUCCGUCAACAGAGGGUUUUUCGGCUGUCGGCAUUUCUCCAAGACAAAUGAAUUGCUCAAGAAAUCCGGCAAGACGCCCAUUGACUGGAGAGCGCUCUGAGCCACACAGGGGCUGUGGGGUCUGAGGGUUGGAAGCAUUGCCUGGUUCAGGGGUUGUUUUGUUCCUGAAGAGCCUUUGCUGACCUGAGAAUUCCUCUUUGGAUAUUGGUUGGGGAAGAAAUGAGCAAACUUUCAGAGAUGUUAGAUUUUUUUUAAACUGUUUCUUUUUUAAGAGCAGAUUGAGUGUUAGACAACUCUGCUGUUUGAACAGGUCUCGGCUUGGUUUAUAGCAAAGGAAAAAGAAACCUGUAUCACUUUGAGAUCCUUUGUCCAAAGCGAGUAUACUUUCAGGCUCUUGUGAAGUGAUGCCAGUUCUUACAGGUGAAGCUGUUUGGCUUUUGUAAAUACCCUGCUGUGCCUCCUCCUGCUGCUUUCCCUCCUGUGCAAAUCCAGAUUUCAUAUUUAUGUUUAGUUUUAACCUUUUACUACAGAUUGAGAUAGAAAUACAGCCUCUUGGCACUAUAAUGACCGUACACUGUCAGAAGUGUUACUUGGUGUGUCCGUACUCAAGAUUUGAGGCUAAAUCCCCUCAGCAGCUGAGGGAAGACAGCGACCCAGGUGCUGGUCGUGCUCCGAGGGUUUUGUUGGCAUUUAGUUUUUGGAUUCAUACUGGGUGUGUCAAUUACUUGAGGAGCUGUGGUGACCAUGAACUUUGUGGUACCUGCCCAUGGUUCGUUCAUCAAGAUCUGCCAAUGGAUGGGUUGAUGGAUACAGUUGAUUAAAGAUCUUUCAAGAUCUUAAACCGGAGGGAUGUUUGUGCUUUGCCAUCAUAGGAGCAAAUCGAGGCUUCUGCCCACUGUUAAAAAUAACUAUUGGGACUUCCAGGAUGAGACAAGGCUGGACUUUGCACUUCUGGGUUUCCAGUCCAUCUUUGGCUUCGUAGUUACUGUGAUGGAAGUGAAGUGCCUUCUUCAUUGGGAAAUGAUAUCAGUUUUUGUAGAAUAGCGCUGUAAAUGUUUGGUGUUUGCUCCAACAGGUAACACUAGAGCAGGUGAAGUUUACUGUGUCUGUGGCUCUGUUGUGUUUUUUUUGUUUGUUUUUUAAAUAAAAAAUACUUUGUUUAUGUCGUGGGGUGAUUUUAAGUGUCGAGAAGAGCAGAGGGAGGGAGGGGAGGGUGCUGGGGUGAGACCCUGGCUCCAAAAUGGGUGCUGGGGGUUCCCUGUUCCCUUCACAGGGAGGCAAAGCUUCAGGCACUGGAGCUUCUCCUUGUCCCCAUGAGUGGUCACGGGGCCAGGGCACCUU